AUGGUGGAUUCUUUGGAAGAUGAGUACGGCACUCCAUCUUUAUCACUGAAUUUCGUGGAUACGCCGGAUGGCGAUUCCUCCUUACUUCAUGGAGCUACUCAGGAUUCACAAUUUGAAUUUGAUCAACAGUUUACACUUCCUUCACAGGGAUGGACUAGUACUCUUCCUGAAGUUGGCGGUGACCAAUCGCAGGAAUUGGUAUUUGUAGAUGAAGAAGAAUUUUCUGUACCAGGACAACUACCAACACAUGCGUGCAGAUAUUGCGGCAUACAUGACCCAGCUACAGUGGCGAUGUGCAUGGUGUGUGAGAAAUGGUUUUGUAAUGGACGUGGAAGUACGUCUGCUGGUCAUAUAGUCAUACAUUUGGUGCGUUCGCAACACAAAGAAGUUUCCCUACACAAAGAAGGUGCUCUUGGUGAAACAGUCCUGGAGUGUUAUCAGUGUGGUUCGAAGAACAUUUUUAUGCUUGGUUAUAUUCCUGCAAAAGCAGACACGGUUGUAGUGGUGCUUUGUCGUUCACCUUGUGCUAAUCAAGCUGUUUUGAAGGACCAUUCCUGGCAGGUGGAUGAGUGGAAACCUUUGAUCAGUGAUCGACAAUUGCUGUCUUGGCUUGUAAAGAUACCAUCUGAGCAGGAACAAUUAAGGGCUCGUCAGAUAAGUGCUGUACAAAUCAACCGACUUGAAGAACUUUGGAAAGAAGAUCCCAAAGCUGUGUUUGAAGAUCUGGAGAGGCCAGGCAUGGAUGAGGAACCAGAACAUGUGCAGCUAAAAUAUGAAGAUGCAUAUCAAUAUAAGCGUGUAUUUGAACCUUUAGUAAAAGCUGAAGCUGAUUAUGACCGAAGAGAAAAGGAAUCACAAACACAGAGUGUUGGUCAUGUUCGUUGGGAUAUUGGUCUCAAUCGAAAACCACAAGCUUUUUUCCAAUUGCCAAAGUUUUCGGAAGGAAGUAUGAAGCUGAUGUUGGGAGAUGAGUUGCGCUUAAAGCAUUCUCAAACUGCAGGUGGUGAGUGGAGUUCGGUUGGAUGUGUUAUCAAAAUUCCCGACAAUCAUAAUGAUGAGGUUGGGAUCGAAAUGCGUUUAAAGGCAGAGAAUGUACCCACGGAUACACGAACGAACUUUACAUGUGAAUUUGUUUGGAACUCAACAUCAUUUGAAAGAAUGCAAGCAGCGUUGUCUUUAUUGGGUCAAGAUGAAGAUUGUGUUUCACAGUUUAUCUAUCACAAGUUAAUGGGCCACGAUAUCGAUGAUAUUAUUUUUAAAGUAUCUUUGCCAAAAAGAUUUAGCGUACCGGGUUUGCCAGAGCUAAAUCACAGUCAAGUGCAUGCAGUCAAAACUGUUUUACAACGACCCUUAUCACUAAUUCAGGGACCACCUGGAACUGGCAAAACUGUGACUUCUGCUACAAUCGUAUAUCAUCUAGUAAAACAAACUAAUGGUCAAGUACUUGUAUGUGCUCCGUCAAAUAUUGCAGUUGAUCAGUUAGCUGAGAAAAUACAUCGUACAGGAUUAAAGGUUGUCCGUCUGUGUGCAAAAAGUCGUGAAACGCUUGAUAGUCCUGUUGCCUUUCUCGCGUUACAUAAUCAGCUGAGAGCUUUACAUGGUGCAGCUGAAUUGCAUAAGUUGCAGCAGUUGAAAGAAGAAAUGGGAGAAUUGGCAGAUGCUGAUGAGCGCCGCUUUCGUGCUUUGCGCAUAGCAAAGGAAUGCCAACUGUUGGCUGCUGCUGAUGUUAUCUGUUGUACAUGUGUUUCAGCUGCCGAUAGCCGUCUCUCACAUAUGAGAAUUAAAUGUGUUUUGAUUGACGAAUCAACCCAAGCUACGGAACCUGAAGUAAUGGUAGCUGUUGUUUGUGGUGUCCGGCAGUUGGUACUUGUUGGCGACCAUUGUCAGUUGGGUCCUGUUAUCAUGUGUAAGAAGGCAGCUAAAGCUGGUUUAUCACAGUCACUUUUUGAACGGCUUGUUUUGCUCGGAAAUCGUCCAAUUCGCCUACAGGUGCAAUAUCGUAUGCAUCCUGCGCUUUCUUCAUUUCCAAGCAAUGUUUUUUACGAAGGAAGUUUACAAAAUGGUGUUACGGAAGGGGAGCGACAAUUAAUUGGGAUUGAUUGGCAGUGGCCAGUGCCAGAUAAACCAAUGAUGUUUUGGAGUUGCUAUGGCCAAGAAGAGCUUAGCUCGUCAGGCACAUCAUUUCUAAACCGAACUGAGGCAGCUAACGUUGAGAAACUAGCCACUCGAUUUCUGAAAGCUGGAUUAAAACCGGAACAAAUUGGUAUAAUUACUCCUUAUGAAGGACAAAGAUCGUACAUUGUGCAGUUCAUGCAAACACAGGGUGCUUUGCAUAGUAAAUUGUAUCUGGAAAUGGAAGUUGCUAAUGUGGAUGCUUUUCAGGGCCGUGAAAAGGAUAUCAUAAUAGUGACUUGUGUUCGAUCUAAUGACCAUCAAGGCAUUGGUUUUCUGAAUGAUUCCAGACGUUUGAAUGUUGCACUAACACGUGCUAAAUUUGGUCUUAUCAUAGUCGGUAAUGCAAAGGUACUAUCGAGACAUCCACUUUGGAAUUAUUUAUUAUCAAUGUUCAAAGAAAAGGGUUGCCUCGUUGAAGGGCCACUCAAUAAUUUGAAACCGUCACCAAUUACACUUUCCAAACCGCGUCAUAUUCCUAAUAUUAUGAGUAUGAAUCGUUUCAUUCCACGUGGAGUAGUUCUGGCGAAAGAUAUGCAGGGUAAUGCAUUUGGUACUCGUAAUCGAGAUUUGCGUUCGAUACAAGAUCCAUUCGCAGCUAUUACUCACGGUCAGUUGCGACCUCAGAAUGGGAUCAACAUCCCAGUACCAAUACAGAUGUUUGUGCAGCCGCCACCUCAUUACUACCGACCCCCACUUCAUACACGUCAUGGCGAUUUAAAUUCUGUUGAUAGUACGACACGAAAUCGUAAACAUUUAGAAGGAAUAAAUAUGUUUAGUUCGCAACAGUCUCAAGAUCCCAUUUAUAUGCAGCAGCUCGGUGAAAUGUCUGGUGUAUCCCAGGAUGUAUCGGAUUGGACGCAAUCUCAGACACAGCAUGGUGCUUCUCAAGGAGGUGUUCCAUACAGCCAGGAUCAAUUAUUGGUUAGCCAAAUGGAAUCACUUUUUCUGUCACAAGAUGCAAAUGCGGAGAAUUAUAAUUUCGGUGAUCAAGCAGUAUUUCGGUUAAUCACUACUAAUAUCGAAUCGUUCGAGAAGGCAUUAUGGAAUGAAUUAUUUGAAGCUGAAAAUGAAGUUUUUCUUUUGAUCGCUGAAAAUUUUCUUCUGUGA